CAUGUGACCGUACUUCCGGAUCACUCUCGGUGUCAACGCGAAUGAACCACAGCAUUGGUGUACCUGAGCAUUUGUUGUACACUGAAGAAUACAGUGAUUUACUAUGAUUGAUCUCUCAUCUCUGUCUGUGACCUGGACUCUGGUGGUUCUGGUCAUAACCCUCCUGUUAAUUUACGGUGUUUGGCCGCUUGGAUUUUUCAAAAAACUGGGAAUUCCAGGACCAAGACCUUUGCCAUUUGUUGGCACAUCUUUCUCAUACUCCAAAGGCAUCUGUAAUUUUGACAUAGAAUGUUCUAAGAAGUAUGGAAAAGUAUGGGGGAUCUAUGAUGGAAGGCUUCCAGUGCUACUUGUUACUGAUCUGGAAAUGAUCAAAACGAUUUUGGUGAAAGACUGUUAUUCUACCUUCACUAACAGACGGAAUAUGAAUCCAGAUUUGGUUGGACCUUUUGCUGAUGGAAUAACUUUGGUUAAAGAUGAAAGAUGGAAGCGAAUCCGUAGUUCACUCUCUCCAUAUUUCACUAGUGGACGACUGAAGGAGAUAUUUCCCAUAGCUCUGACACAUGCUGAUCGUUUUAUUCAAAAUAUGGAAAAGAAAGACCACAAUCUGCCAGUUAAAAUAAAAGAUGUUGUGGCUCCAUACAGUUUAGAUGUUGUCGCCAGCUCCUCAUUCAGCGUUGACUUCGACUCCAUAAACAACCCUGAUGAUCCUUUUGUUACCAGCAUCAAAAGCUUUUUCAACAUCAGUCCACUCAGUCCUCUCAUUCUGCUUUUAGCUUUUUUUCCUUCUGCUGCAAGUCUUUUGGGAAAAUUGGGAAUAACUCUGUUUUCAAAAUCAACUAUGGAUUUUUACUACAAGGCCCUGAGAAAGAUUAAGGAUGAGCACAAUGAAUCAGAUGGUCGGGUAGACUUUCUCAGACUCAUGAUCCAGAAUCAAAUACCUGAUGAUCAAGCGAAGGACACCACAAGUGAACAACCAGUAAAAGGAUUAACAGACCAUGAGAUUCUCUCCCAAUCCUUCAUUUUCAUCCUGGGUGGUUAUGAGACUACAAGCACGACUCUCACUUACCUCAUCUAUAAUCUUGCGACUAAUCCAGACUGCCUGGAAAAACUGGUGGAAGAGAUUGACAAAAACUUCCCUCUUGAUACACCCAUCACAUAUGACGCAUUGAUGAGAAUGGAUUAUUUGGAAAUGGCCAUACAUGAAUCAAUGCGCAUCUUUCCUGCUGGUCCUCGAUUAGAAAGGGUCUGUAAAAAGACAGUAGAGCUCAAUGGCAUCACCAUACCAAAUAACACUCUGGUUGGAAUUCCUUUGUACGUUUUAAGCCGUGAUCCAGAGCUCUGGGAGUCUCCUCAUGAGUUCAGGCCUGAAAGGUUCAGUCCAGAGAGCAAGUCAGAGAUCAACCAGUGUGCCUUCAUGCCUUUUGGACUCGGCCCUCGUAACUGCAUUGGAAUGAGAUUUGCUCUAAUGAUGAUGAAACUUCUUGUUGUGAAGCUGCUACAGAAAUUCACUGUGGAAACAUGUAAAGAGACGCAGAUCCCUGUAGAGCUGAACUUUUUUUUUCAGCCAAAGGUUCCUAUCAUACUGAAGUUAAUUCCAAGGUCUCACAAGGAAGAACAAUAAUGGAAAUGUGGAGCAUCAUAAUAGUAUACACAAUUUAAUUUUAGUGAUGUAGAAUUAACAAAAUAACCUGAAGUACAGUUUAAUUUUAGGUGUCUAUACACUGUAUGCUUUUAGUCUUUAUAUUCACUUAUACAAAUUACUUGUUGAAAUUAUAGUACUCGUUGUUUCCUGGUUCAUUGAUGUUUUGUUUAUUUUAUACUGUUUGAGGAUGUUUGAUGUUUAAAAAUACUACAUUACUAAAAAGCAUAAUUGUAAAAUAUGUAGUUAGAUAACAGAAUUUAUUUUUCUCUAAUCUUAAUAAAAGACAUCUGAUGUCUUAAAUUUUCAUUUGAUUACAGUAUAAUGUUUUUUUUUUUACAUCUGCACUGAAAGUAAAGACUAUUGAUUACAAAUAUGAAACGGUAAAUAAGUAAUGAAACCACAAUUUAUUUAAGCAGCUUAGUGUAUGGUUAUCAUAUACAGCGAGUAAAAUAAGUAUUGAACCUUUUUUUAAAAAACAACUAGUUUGUUUAGAAAUUGUCGUGUAAUAAAAUGAAAUUACUCUGGGGAAAAAAAUAUUGAACACAUGAAGAAAGGUAGGUGUAGAUAGGCAUGGAAAGCCCAGGUAGUUUUCAGAAAUCAGCCCUGUCCCUCACAAGUGUAAAUUAAUAUUAGCUGCUUCAGUCCAACAUCUACAUUACCAAAUGAUGAAGAUAAAACCAGGGUGGACAUUUCAGCAAGACAAUGAUCCAAAACACUGCCAAGGAACUCACAAAUAGUUUCAGAAAAAUAAAAUAUAGCUGCUAGAAUGACCCAGUUAAUCACCUGAUCCGAAUUCAAUAGAAAAUAAGAACUAAAGAGAUGAUAGAAGAGACCCACAGAACCAUCAAGAUUUUUUGACUGUUUAAGUCUGCAGAAAAAUCCCACGUGACCUGAGCAAUGUGACUCGUUUUCCAUACAAGAGGAAACUUGAAACUGCCAUUAAGAAAUAAAAUCUUUUUAUACAAAGUGUUAAAUACAUUGCAGUACUUCCUCUUUGUGUCAUUCAAUUGUUAUAACACAUAACUAGUUUAUCUGGAAAUGUUUUUUUUUUAUUGUUUGGGUAUACUUAUUUUACGUGCUGUAAAAAUCUUAUACUCACUUACUCCCAGGGCCAUUUAUAUCGAAGUUGAUAUUUAGCCGCACCGUAUUAGUGUUUCAUAACAUCUAGUUUUUAUGAGGUGGGUUGUUGGCCCAACGCUCAACUCCUAACCUUGAGGACCAGAACACACACGCAUAAACAACGGACAAUUUAGCUUGGGGCAAACUGCACCUGGAGGAAACCCACGUGAACACGGGGAGAGCAUGCAAACUCCACACAGAAAUGGCAACUGACCCAGCAGGGGCUUGAACCUGCGACCUUCUUGCUGUGAUACGACAGCUCUACCCACUGCACCACCGUGUCACCAUGCCACCUUUUUUGGCUGUAGAAAAAAAAAUUUUUGUUUUGAGGACAAAAAUCACACCGAUUUUAAUCAAAUCUUUAAUAAAGUCUUUUAUAAUAA